CUGUACGCCCGUUGUCUACGGUUGCAAAGAUGGAACCUGUCUUAAAGUCACCGAUACCUGCCGGAACACUAACUGCCAUUGAGAGGUCUAAGCAACUUGCUGCUUGGACUGCUGUUGACCAGCACAUCAAGCCGGAACACCGGGUAAUUGGGAUUGGAUCAGGAUCUACCGUUCCAUAUGUUGUCGAGCGGAUUGUCUUGCAAGGAUACGAAGCAAACAAGGAUCGUGUUUUCAUUCCUACCGGCUUCCAAUCCAAGGAAUUGAUCAUAUCCUCUGGUUUGGGCUUGGGAGAUGUUGAUCAAUACCCGACUAUCGACGUAACGAUAGAUGGGGCUGACGAGGUCGAUCUUGAGCUCAACUGCAUCAAGGGUGGAGGUGCUUGUCAUCUACGAGAAAAGGUCUUGGCCGAGGCUGCGCUCACCUUCAUCCUUGUUGCCGACUACCGCAAGAAUGUAGAUUAUCUUUGCACGAAUUUCAAGCCUGGUGUUCCUAUUGAGGUGGUACCUUUCGCGUACGCCAAGGUCUUGCGCAAUCUGCACGAAAGUCUGCGGUCACCAAACGCGACACUGAGAAUGGCUGUCGCGAAAGCGGGGCCUGUAGUGACGGAUAACGGUAACUUUGUCAUAGAUGCACCAUUUUCAAGAGAGGAUAUGACGGAUCCGUACGCGAUAAUGGCUCGCAUCAAGAUGCUUACCGGGGUUGUUGAAGUAGGGUUAUUCUGCCAUAUGGCAAAGGCGGCAUACUUCGGUAAUCAGGAUGGAAGCGUCACGGCGAAAUGGGUCGGGGGUAAGGUUGAGCAGAUUCCUGCUUGCCAGUGAGUUAUUAGGCACCAUACAGAUUGUUUGCAGAGCAGAGAAGUACUAGAGCUAAAUGUAUAUCUAUCUAAA